GUCUUGUGGUCGAUUCCUCCCAGAGCUUGUGGCUGCUCGCCGCAACUUGCUGCAAUUGUUGCAGUUCUUUAUAUCUGGAUCGAGAGAUGAGGCAUGGAAGCAAGAUGCAACAAAUGGAUGCGAAGAAGGGGAGGGAGGGAUGAUCGUGGAGCUUGGAUUCUGAAACCCAUCUCUUCAUUCCGGAGCAGGACGUGUCCAGCUGCAGCAAGACAUGAAUUUGGGGUUUGAGCGGCGCAUGCGUCCACUCGCGAGAAACGCCGAUGCACGCGCGAGUCUAAAAUAAGGUAACCAGGAUGCUAUAACCACACAGUGCAGCAGGACAGGUUACAAGAAUUGCUGGGAGAGAAAGUUGGCAUAAUUGGUUUCGUGCCCAGCGCCAAUUUGACCUGCUUUCCAGGCGCGGAGAUGUCAUAUUUGGCACUUGUGACGCUGCAGGUCCCUAGAUCCCUGCUGUCGUGUCUGUCCCGCGUCUUUGCAUCCAGGUGCAUUUGGGUUUCAAGGCUCCGGGUUUACACCGGUGCGCGCGAGAGAACUGAUCUCAAGCUCUCCGAGCACUGUUGAUGAUCUAAUCGCAUGAUGGAUCGCUUGGUUUCGUAAACUUCGACUGCGUGUGUGACUGCGACGCAAAGAUUCUCCUGCACACAGUGUUAGCCUGCUAGAUUCUAGAGCCAUUACCCUUCUCGAGUGUUCGGCAUUAGCUUGGUUUCACGAAUAGAGUAGUGUGCAGUUGAUGGUGGUUUGAUCUUGAGGAUACAAUGGGAGGUUUAUCGCCCGUGGCGUGCACUAGCUUGAAGCUAGAAUGUCGACUAUCGUUGUCUGCUUCUAGGAUAGGUGCCAUGGGUUGAUGGAUGUGAAGAGGUUCUUGCGCCGCUGCAACGAGACUGGGUUGGGUCGGUGGAGCUCCUCGCCAUCUCCUUGUGCGAGCUCUGAUUACAUGCGAGGAGGUGAGACGAGAUCUGAUCGAAUCUAGUGGAAAAUUGUCAGGGAUGUGAAUGUUGUUUGGCUCUUUCGGGUUGUGAUUCCGCUGGUCAUGCCAAUGCACCCUAAUCGCCCUUUUGGAAAGCCUCAUCUGCAGUAUUCCUCACAAAAGAGACGAAAUAGCUCCGCCAUGGGUGCCAUGAAAUUUACAGCCGCUCGUUGUGUACGAGUUACGUUGAACCAGUUAAUUAUUGUGCUUAGCUUGCAAUUUUCAAGCAGCCAGGCGCAGGCAAAGUCGGUGAGGGUAGGAGGGGAACAAGGCUGGACAAGUAUUGACUCCGCAACAGGACUUGUUCGUGAUUAUGCCGAUUGGGCUGCUUCUCAAGUUCUGUUCGUUCAAGACUCACUUGAAUUCCAUUUCACUCCUGGGGCUUGCAGUUUGUUCCGAUUUCAGUCGCAGGUAGCCCUCGAUGGGUGCGAUUUUACGAACGGCGUGUUUUUGUUUGAUCUUAAUUCCACCAGCCCUGUCAAGGUUACUUUGACAGAAUCAGUCGUACAUUAUUUAGGAUGUGGAAGAAAAACGGCCAGCGGAGUUUCACAUUGCCAAUUAGGUCAAAGUUUUGCAGUGGUUGUUCACAGCUCCAGGGCUCGAAGACAACUUGCAGAUUUGAGUCCUGGCCCGGGUCCUGAUGAGGCAUCGACCAAAAGUAGCAGUAACAACACUACAACAAUAGCAGCCGUCAUCUGUGUUUUGCUAAUUGUAAUUGGAGGAAUCCUUGUAUGCUACUGCAUGCGAAAUCGAAGAAUAGUGCAGAACACAACUCUUAGGAAGCGGGUGUCCAAUACGGAUCUCCAGGAAGUUAUAUCUAAUAUCACUCAUGGGAAUGCAGCAGUUACUGUCUUCUCCUUGAAAGAGCUUGAAAAAGCAACUGAAAAUUUUGGAGAGCACCUUGUUCUUGGCCUCGGCGGCUUUGGCACGGUGUAUAAGGGCACAUUGAGAAACGGCAUGGUUCAUGUUGCCAUCAAAGUGUCCAACUCUGCCAGUAAAAGCGGCAAGAAACAGCUCAUGAAUGAGAUUUCUAUUUUGUCGCAGACCAGUCACCCUAAUCUGGUGAAACUAUUCGGGUGCUGUGUUGAGACGGAGGUCCCGAUUCUUGUGUAUGAGUACAUCCCAAACGGAAAUCUAUUCGAGCACUUGCAUAGACUGAGGUUUGGAGUGAACCUCAACUGGGCCAAGCGUUUGCAAAUUGCAUCUGAGACUGCUGACGCACUUGCCUAUCUCCACUUUGCUGCACAGCCUCCUAUUUAUCACCGUGAUGUGAAGUCAGCUAACAUAUUGCUAAGCAACACCUUUUCUGUCAAGGUUGCAGACUUUGGCAUAUCUCGUUUGACGAGCCCUGAGAAAACGCAUGUCUCCACAGCCGUUCAGGGCACCCCAGGUUAUCUCGACCCCGAGUACUUCCACAGCUAUCACCUAACGGACAAAAGCGACGUCUACAGCUUCGGUGUGGUCUUAAUGGAGCUUAUCACGUCCCAGAAACCCCUGGACUACCAUAGAGGAGACGAACACAGCUUGGCAGCAUAUGCUAUACCUAUCAUCAAGGAAGGAAACAUAGACAUGAUCAUAGAUCCUCAGCUUAAGGAGCCGAGGGAUGAGUAUGAGAAGUCAUUGCCGAUAAUACAGUGCGUGGCCGAGGUAGCUAUGGAUUGUUUAGCAGAGAAGAGGAAGGAUCGUCCUACCAUGAGGAUGGUUGCCGACGACCUUCAAAGCAUCAAGAGCUUUGCUCGGCGAAAUGUCUCUGGACGGAACGUGUGAACCGCGCAACUCAAUGACAAUCUGAGUUUUUCUGCCAGCAUUUAAUCAAUGCUCUACUCUUCUCUCACAAGAACUACAUAUACCGGCGGGUCACUUGAAUGGGUUUUGCGACUCGCCACGUGAAAUAGAAGCAUGACGUGAUCAUCAAUUGCAUGCCCAGAUUAUGGCACGAAGAUUACAAUGUAGAGCAUAUUUUGUACUUUUAACGAGUUUGUAGUUAUAAACAAGUGCACAUGGAUAGUGAGUAAGAGUCAUCUGACCACGAACGUCCCCUGCUGCAUGAGUUCAGCGAGCUUUGGCUAUCUGCAUUGAAGCUUGCCUAAGAAUUCGUUGCAGCAGGUCAUUCAAAGUUCUUAAACUCCACUUGUCCAUCUCUAGGAGUUAUCAUCCUCAUAGGUGAGUUGAGUCACAUUUGUUCUCUUCGAUUGAGCGAUUCUCUUGCCAAGAUGCUGACGCAUUUUCCAUCUUUUUGACAAAUGAUGAAGGAAUUCUUAUCAA